CCUUGGCCGCGGCUUUAUCUUCUCGGCGCACGGAGGGCGCUGCGUCGCGAUGGUGGCGGCGCUGGCGGUGGCGCUGGUGGCGGUGGCGCUGGGGGGGGUUUCGGCGCAGUGCCCGACCCCCUCCGACCUCCGUAUGGCCAACGGCACUCGCAUCUGCGCCCAACUCUACGCCGAUGACAGCGUCUACUACGACCAGUGCUGCGGCGGCGCCGUUUUGGUGGUGCCGCCGGGCACCGAUGCACCGUACAUGCCGUCCGGUUGGGCCGAUCACAUCUCCUCGCUGGUGGUGGGUACACGGUGUGACCUCACCGUCUGGUCGCGCUCCGGCAAAAGGGGUAGCAGCCGGCAUUUCUCGGCCGGCGCCGUGCCACGGCUGCAGGAAGUGAGGAGGGGAAUCCUCCACAACUGGAACGACGCCAUCAACGGUUACUACUGUAAGUGUAGCUGAGGCGGCGGCGGAACGGGGGCCAAUGCGGGGUAACGAGAGCCAAGACACGCCAACCAGAGCCCAGACACGCCAACGAGAGUCGAGACACGCCAACGAGAACCAACACAAGUCAACGCUGGCCAAGACAUGGUCAAGGUGAGCCAAAACACAUCAACGCUGGCCAAGACAAGUCAACGUGAGUCAGCACGAGUCAACGUGGGCCAAGACACACCAACGUGAGUUGCCACAAGUCAGCACAGGUCAAGACAAGCCAACGGGAGUCACCGCAAGCCAAGAUGAGGCCAGAGUAGCCAAGGGAGGCAGUGUGGGUCAGGAGAAGGCAGCCUGGGCCAACACGAGUCAUUGCAAGUCAAUGUGGGCCAAGACGAGCCAACGCAGGUCAACCUUACCCAAGCCAAGUCAACAUGAGCCAAUGUGGGCCAAGAUGAAGCCAACCCA